AUGGCCUUCCUCUCAGAGUUCAUCCGAGUCGUCGGCAUGCUAACGUUUGCUGUUCCUCACGCCAUGUCAAAAGAGGACUUCUAUAAGGGAUACUGCAUUCCAAAAGAUGCAGUCAUCCUUUCCAACCCGUGGGCUGUCAAUAUGGAUCCGGGAAUCUACAAAGACCCGAAAUUUCAGGCCAGAGCGUUGGAUUGGAUGCCCGCGUCUGCCCCGUCCUGCCCUCUUCGGUUUCGGCAAACGAGCCUGCCCUGGUCAAGCACUCAGACUGAGCUCAAUGCUUAUAGGAAUUGCUCGCGGGCUAUGGGAUUUCGAGCCUAA